AUGGAUGAAAAGUGGGAGAUUGAGGUGGAAAUUCUGGAGUGUGAGGGUGUGCUGCGCCAGCCCGACAUCCCCUGGGGACACCCAGACCCCCAAGGACACCAGGACCCCCAGAGCCCCCCAGGCCCCCGCGGUCCCUACCGGUACCACCUCCUCCUCUCCCGCACCGAGUCUUUCCACCGGCAGCUCCAGGUGGUGCAGGCGGAGCUGAAACUCUUCCGCCAAACCCUGACAUCCCCUGGCAUGUCCCUGCUCAACACCUCGGUGCCCCCCCGGGUCAGCAUCUACACUCUGGAAGGGGCUCACGGGACCCCCCAACUCCUGCACAGCCAAGAGCUGGGAGCUGAUUCCCCAAGCCUGGACCUCACAGCAGCCAUCCAGCCCUGGGCCACCGGUCCUGGGGACACGCUGCACCUGGAGCUCAGCUUCACCACGGAUGUCUCAGCCAUGUUGGCCACCUCAGGGGAUGGGACACUGGUCCUGGAGGUGGAAACCUAUGAGAACACAGCACGGGGGUCCAGGAGAGGUCGAGGGUCCAGGAAAGCCCGUGGGCUGGAUGAGGAAUGUGGGAAGAGCGACGGGAAGUGUUGCCUCAAGACCCUCCAGGUCUCCUUCCAGGACAUCGGCUGGUCAGACUGGAUCAUCGCCCCCAACAGCUACCACAUGAGGUUCUGCCAAGGUUCCUGUCCCCACAACUACAAGGCAGCCAGCAUGCACGCCCAGAUCCAGGCCCGUGUGCACGCCCUGUCCAAAGCCACCCCCCCGCCCUGCUGCGUCCCCGCUGCCUAUGACCCCAUGGUGCUGAUGCACUACGAUGGUGAGGGCAGGUUGGUCUCCACCCUCUUUGAGGACAUGUUGGUCACCAGCUGCCACUGUGCCUGA